GCACUCCCUCCCCCCCCCGGAGAAGGGCCGGAGCGUGUGACCGGGGCCGCACACACAUGGACACACGUGUCCCCACGCAGCACACGGGGGAGGGGCUGGGGCCCCCCUUUUUUGGGGUGGGAUUAUGCAAAUGAGAGCCCCUUCAAAUCCCCCCGUUCCCGACCCCUUCGCCUCUACCCCGGCGGUGCCCGAGCGUGGGGGGAGACGACACGGAGGGACCAUGUGGAUACUGAGGGUGAUCGUGGUCCUGGGGACCCUCCUGGCCUUGGCUGCGGCUCAGCGUCGAGCCGGUGGCCGGAGCCGUGACCGGAGCCGGGCCUGGAGCGGGCGGCCGGCGGUGUUCCAGAGCUGGGACGCGGGGCUGUACCGGCCGUGGCAGGAGGGGAUGCGCGACUGCUGGCGAGGCGGCGACGUCACCUUCGACAUCAGCAACGACGCUCCCACCAUGGCGGGCGCCGACGCCACGUUCUCCAUCGCCCUGCGCUUCCCCGGCACCCAGGCGGUGCUGCCCGACGGCCGCGUCGUCUGGAGCCAGAACUGCACCGUCAACGGCACCCACGUGGCCCGGGGCGAUCCCGUCUUUCCAGAGCAGCCGGACGACGACGUGGGCGGCGUCUUCCCCGACGGGCAGCCCUUCCCCAGGGGCAAGCGGGGCAAAUUCGUCUACGUCUGGUGGACGUGGGGGCGCUACUGGCAGGUGGUGGACGGGGCGGCGUCGCGGCUCACGGUGGGCACGGCCGGGGUCCCCCUCGGCUCCUACACCAUGGAGGUCGUUGUCUACCAUUACCGUGGCCGUCAGAAGUUCAUCCCCAUCGGCCAUGCCAGCACUCAGUUCAGCAUCACUGACCAGGUUCCCUUCGCGGUGGACGUGAAGCAGGUGCAGGACGUGGCGGCGGGCGACGGGCGCUUCGUGCGGAACCGCGCCGUGGCCUUCACCGUGCGGCUGCACGACCCCAGCCGGUACCUGCGCGACGCGGACGUCGCCUACUCCUGGGACUUCGGGGACCAGAGCGGGACCCUCAUCUCGCGCAGCCCCACCGUCACCCACACCUACCUGGAGGCCGGGUCCUUCAACGCCCGCCUGACCCUGCAGGCCGCCAUCCCCCUCAGCCCCUGCGGCACCUCCGCCGCCCCCAUCGUGAACCCCACCACGGGCCCCCCGCCCUCUGCGCGCCCCACGCCCACCCAGCCCGCGGGCACCACGCCGGGCGGGCAGGGCACCACCGGGGCGCCCAGCACCGCUCCCACAGCCCCCAUCGAGCCGGCGGAGCCCACGGGGGGAUCGGCGGCUGAGCCCUCAGACCCCGCUGGCACUGAGCCCUCAGACCCCGCUGGCACUGAGCCCUCAGACCCUGCUGGCACCGAACCCGCCCUCCUGGCGCUCAGCACCGCCGUGAGCGGCACCGGGACCGGCUCUGCCGCCGUGUCCGUGGCCCCCCUGCUCCCCACCUCAGUGGCCCCAGCAGGGGACACACUGGUCACGGUGGCCCCCGCGCCCUCGGAGGGAACGAUGGCUGCAGAUGCAGAGACAGACGGAGCCACGGAUGGUGCCACAGCUGGUGCCACGGCUGGACCUGCAGCUGAAGCCACAGUGGGAGCCACAGCUGGAGUCACAGUUGAUGCCACAGCGGGAGCAACUGUGGGAGCCACGGCUGUAUCCCUUGCUGCUGCCACAGCUGGAGCCACGGCCGGACCCACGGCUGGAGCCACGGCUGGAGCCACGGCCGCGCCGCUGGUGCUGGUGAAGCGCCAGGCACCGGCCGCAGACUCCACCGGCUGCAUCCUGUACCGCUACGGCACCUUCUCCACUCAGCUCGACAUCGUCCAGGGCAUCGAGAGCGUGGCCAUCGUGCAGGUGGUGCCCGUGGAGCCCGAGGGCAGCGGGAGCAGCGUGGAGCUGACGGUGACGUGCGAGGGGAGCCUCCCCCAGGAGGUGUGCACGGUGGUGGCCGACCCCGAGUGCCAGACGGCGCAGGCGGAGACCUGCUCGGCCGUGGCACCCGCGCCCGGCUGCCAACUCGUGCUGCGCCAGGACUUCAACCAGUCCGGCCUCUACUGCCUCAACGUGUCCCUGGCCAACGGCAACGGCCUGGCCGUGGCCAGCACCCGCGUGGCCGUCGGAGGCGCUGCCCCGGCCUCGGGAACCCCCACGAUUUUUGUGGGGCUGGUGCUCGUCGCUGCUGCCCUGGGCACGGCCGCCUACACCUACAGACGAGUCAAGUACACCCCUCUGCUGGCCACGGCCCCCCCGACCCCCCGGCCCCGGGGGUGGCUGCCCCCCGGCCCCACCCUCCGUCUCCUGCUGCACCGGGCCUUCGGGGGGGCUCCGAGCGGCGAGAGCAGCCCCCUCCUCCGCGGGAACACCGUCUAGGAACCCCCCCCCCGCCCCGCGCCGCCCCUGCCUGGCCCGAGCCCCCAGACCCGGGGGGGCCGCGGGCCGUGGGGGGGUCGCGUGGCCUCGGUGCCACCAAGAUUAAAGGCUCAUCUGCG